CCUGCCGAGGGCGCCAAUCGAAGCAGAAUUUACCAAACCACCAACGGGCCAACAAGCUUACUAGCAUAGUUAGUGUGUGAUCUCAGAGCAAAGGACGUUCUUCCUCUGCCGAUUCUAAUCUUUUACUUCCUUCUUAGAAAAACGAUAAAAAAAAUUCUUGCUGAGUACAACAGCGCGAGUUCACGAAAUUCCUCGAACAUCAGUGUAUUUUGGGUCCCAAAAAUAACAAUACAGUCGUCAGUGUGGUGAAACAGGAAGAACCAAAUCGUCGCGAAACGAGUGAAUCUCUACGGGUUGUCAAAAUCAACCACCAACAAUCGUGAAAAUCUAAGAAGCUGUGAAACAAUCAUCGAGCCGGAGACCAUCGCCCAGGAGCACGCGGUUUAAGUUGGUUAGUUUAAGCCAACAAGUCGACGCAAACGGAUCGUGCCAAAGCCAGAACAGAUACUAAACGUAACGCAUACUUUCAAUUCAAACUUAUCUUCUUCUAAGACUAAUUAGAUAAAUAAACCAACAAUCAAAAUGGCCCUAGCUGAGAGCACCACCAAGACCGAAAUGACUUUCACCGAAUCGCAGACCCCGGUCAUCUCGAAGGAGGUGAUUGUGGAAAAGUCCUCGGCCGGCCUUUCGGAGAAGAGCAUCACCCAGUCGAAGAGCUUCGGCUCCAGCAGCGAGAAGGAAAUGGUCGAGGAAAGUGCCAACUCCAUCACCAAAACGUCGGAAAAGUCGGAAUCCUCCUUCGCCUCGGAACGCAGCGUUUCGGAGAAGAUCGAGGAAGGGGUUGGGGCCCUGGGAUCUUCCCUGUUGUCGUCGGCCUCGUCCCUGGUCAGUUCCGUGUCCAGCAGCAGCAGCAAAGUUGUGUCCUCUUCCUUCAGCUCGUCGUCUUCGAUCUCCUCCUCAUCGACCCUGUCCAGCAUCAAAUCGUCCUCGUUCGACGCCAACAGUGCCAUCGAUGAAUUUUUCAAGAACUAACCUGUUUUUUCCGAUUGCAAAUAUUAUUCAGGUAUUAAGGAAGAAAAAAAAACGAACAGUUAGAUUGUCGAAUAUACCUGACUGUAUACGGUUUCGUUUGGCUUUUGAUGUCGUCGUGUUCAAACGUCUGAGAUUUUAUGUUUAUAAUUUUAAAUAUUAUCUUUAGCGAAUGUGCAUCGUUUUAAAAAUAAAAAUCCGCAUCAUCAGUGCGGGAUGACGGAAUGGAAAAACAAUAAAAUUUGUAUUCAGAGACAA